AUGUUAGGAUCGAAAUACAAUAACAAGUAUCUCGAGUCUGAGAACGAAGAGACGCAAAACGAAACGGUUACUUCGCCAGUUACUACGCCCAACGAAACAAUUAACACCGAUGAACAGCAGCAGCAGGAAGAUCGCUCACCAGCUAUUAGUCAACCAAAUUUUACGCCACCUGCUGACCCGAAUCCAUAUCCCCCGUCAACUGCACAAUUCACUCGUUCCGGCAACCGCAAUCGCAAUGCAACCGUUGCAACUGCACACAAUCGCCGUCGUAUAGUGCCACAAUCCCAGUCCUCUGCGUCAAGCGCAUUAAUGGAAUACAUUCUAAAAAAUAAAGAAAAGUCCAACACACAAGACAUUCAUCCUAUUGAUGCUUUCUUCAACGGUUUGGCAGCCACCAUAAAAUCUUUUUCCCCUUACUAUCAGCAUCUUGCAAAAGGAAGAAUAUUUGCAGUAGUACAAGAUUUGGAGUGGGAGCAAUUGUCAUCAGAGCCUUCUUCUUACACAUCUCCAAUGAGUUAA